UAACGACAAAAAAUAUCGAACAACGAAACACAAUCAAUAUAUAAAUAGAGAGUGCGGGAAAAGCGUGAAAAAUCCGGCAAACGGUCGCCAACAAUCCUUUUGCCUUGCGCAAAUAUUUGUGGAAACGUGAUUGCUGUUGACAAAGUGGCGUCCGCAUACGCACUCGAUACUUUCAAUUAGGCACGUUGCUUAUAAAUGUGCCACAAUGGCGCCGCCGUCCAGGACGACGACACCGUCAACGCUGCAACCACCGACGCGUUGUAAAGCCGCAGCCCUGGCAAAGCUACUAAUCCUGCCGCAGCUGCUGCCCCAGCUCCUGCUGCUAGUGUUCGCCUGUACGGCUCACGCUGAGCCGUAUUCGGGCGGCUUUGGCAGCUCGGCCAUUGCCAGCGGCGGCCUGGGCUCCGUUGGCAUACACAUACCCGGCGGAGGCGUUGGCGUCAUCACCGAGGCGCGCUGCCCGCGGGUUUGCUCCUGCAGCGGUUUAACCGUCGACUGUUCGCAUCGUGGAUUAACGCAGGUGCCGCGCAAAAUAUCAGCGGAUGUGGAAAGACUCGAUUUGCAGGGCAACAAUUUGACCGUGAUAUAUGAGACGGACUUUCAGCGCUUGACCAAGCUGCGAAUGCUUCAAUUGACGGACAAUCAAAUACAUACCGUUGAGAAGAAUGCACUGCAAGAUUUGGUUUCGCUGGAGCGACUACGCCUAAACAACAAUCGACUUAAGGCAAUACCUGAAAACUUUGUGACAAGUUCAGCGAGUCUUUUGCGAUUGGACAUCUCGCACAAUGUCAUCACAACGGUCGGCCGGAGGGUCUUUAAGGGCGCCCAGUCGCUGCGGAGCCUACAGCUGGACAACAAUCAAAUCACAUGUAUGGAUGAGCAUGCCUUUAAGGGAUUGCUGGAGCUGGAAAUACUCACACUCAAUAACAAUAACUUGACCGCUCUGCCGCACAAUGCCUUUGGGGGAUUGGGAAAAUUGCGAGCGCUGCGCCUCUCGGAUAACCCGUUCGCCUGCGACUGCCAUUUGUCCUGGCUGUCGCGCUACCUACGCAGCGCGCCGCGCCUCGCUCCCUACACACGCUGCCAGUCGCCGUCGCAGCUGAAGGGCCAAAACGUGGCGGACCUGCACGAUCAGGAGUUCAAAUGCUCAGGUCUUACCGAGCAUGCGCCAAUGGAAUGCGGCGUGGAGAACAGCUGCCCCCACCCGUGUCGCUGUGCCGAUGGCAUUGUCGAUUGCCGUGAGAAGAGUUUGACGAGUGUGCCCGUUACGCUGCCGGAUGAUACAACCGAACUCCGCCUGGAGCAGAAUUUCAUCACUGAACUGCCAGCGAAAUCCUUCUCCAGCUUUCGUCGACUGCGACGCAUCGAUCUGUCCAACAACAAUAUCUCGCGCAUAGCACACGAUGCGCUAAGUGGCCUAAAGCAGCUAACCACGCUUGUGUUGUAUGGCAAUAAAAUAAAGGAUUUGCCCUCGGGCGUAUUCAAAGGACUUGGCUCGCUGCAGCUGCUGCUGCUGAAUGCCAACGAGAUCUCCUGCAUACGCAAGGAUGCCUUCCGCGACCUGCAUAGCCUCAGUUUGCUCUCGCUCUACGACAACAACAUACAGUCGCUGGCUAAUGGCACAUUCGACGCCAUGAAGAGCAUCAAAACGGUACAUUUGGCCAAGAAUCCUUUCAUUUGUGACUGCAAUCUGCGCUGGCUGGCCGACUAUUUGCACAAAAAUCCCAUAGAGACAAGUGGAGCACGCUGUGAGUCACCGAAGCGGAUGCAUCGCCGGCGCAUUGAAUCGUUGCGCGAGGAGAAAUUCAAAUGUUCCUGGGAUGAAUUGCGCAUGAAGCUAUCCGGCGAGUGUCGCAUGGACUCGGACUGCCCGGCCAUGUGCCAGUGCGAGGGCACAACCGUUGAUUGUGCGGGACGCGGUCUCAAGGAAAUACCACGCGACAUUCCAUUGCAUACCACAGAGCUUUUGCUCAACGACAACGAAUUGGGUCGCAUUAAUUCGGAUGGUCUCUUUGGUCGAUUGCCGCAUCUGGUCAAACUGGAGCUGAAGCGCAAUCAGCUCACCGGCAUUGAGCCGAAUGCCUUUGAGGGCGCAUCGCGUAUACAGGAUUUACAAUUGGGCGAGAAUAAGAUUAAGGAAAUCUCCAACAAAAUGUUUCUCGGAUUGCAUCAGUUGAAAACACUCAAUCUGUAUGACAAUCAAAUUUCUUGCGUAAUGCCUGGAUCAUUCGAGCAUCUCAACUCGCUGACGUCUUUGAAUCUAGCAUCGAAUCCAUUCAAUUGUAAUUGUCAUUUGGCCUGGUUCGCCGAGUGGUUGCGUAAAAAAUCGUUGAACGGCGGAGCAGCACGUUGUGCUGCCCCAGCGAAGGUACGUGAUGUGCAAAUCAAGGAUCUGCCCCACAACGAAUUCAAAUGCAGCAGCGAGAACAACGAGGGCUGCCUCGGCGAUGGCUAUUGUCCGCCGGCCUGUACGUGCACCGGCACUGUGGUCCGCUGUUCACGCAAUCAAUUGAAGGAAAUACCGCGCGGCAUACCAGCCGAGACAUCCGAAUUGUAUCUGGAGUCCAAUGAGAUCGAACAGAUACAUUAUGAGCGCAUCAGGCAUUUGCGUGCACUCACCCGACUCGAUCUCAGCAACAAUCAAAUCACCAUACUGUCCAAUUACACCUUUGCCAAUCUGACCAAGCUAUCCACGCUCAUCAUUUCGUACAACCGGCUGCAGUGCCUGCAACGACAUGCGUUGUCUGGUCUAAAUAAUCUGCGCGUGCUCUCUCUGCACGGCAAUCGGAUAUCCAUGCUGCCGGAGGGCUCCUUCGAGGAUCUCAAGUCGCUGACACACAUUGCCUUGGGCAGCAAUCCCUUGUAUUGCGAUUGCUCACUGAAAUGGUUCUCGGACUGGAUCAAGCUGGACUAUGUGGAGCCGGGCAUAGCACGCUGCGCGGAGCCGGAGCACAUGAAGGAUAAGCUGAUAUUGUCGACGCCCUCGUCGAAUUUCGCGUGCCGCGGCAAGGUGCGCAACGAGAUCCUGGCCAAGUGCAAUGCCUGCUACGAGCAGCCGUGCCAGAACAAGGCCCAGUGCCUGGCCCUGCCACAGCGUGACUAUCAAUGCCUCUGCCAGCCGGGCUACCAUGGCAAGCAUUGCGAGUACAUGAUCGAUGCCUGCUACGGCAAUCCCUGCCGGAAUAAUGCCACCUGCACGGUGCUGGAGGAGGGUCGCUUUAGCUGCCAGUGUGCGCCGGGCUACACGGGCGCCCGCUGCGAGACGAACAUCGAUGACUGCCUGGGCGAGAAUAUACGCUGCCAGAACAAUGCCACCUGCAUUGAUGGCGUCCAGUCGUAUCGCUGCGAAUGCCAGCCCGGCUUUACGGGCGAAUGGUGCGACACGAAAAUACAGUUCUGCAGUCUCGACUAUAAUCCCUGUGCGAAUGGCGCCAAGUGCUUGGAUCACUUCACCCACUACAGCUGCGAGUGCAUGGCGGGCUUUCACGGCAUCAACUGCACGGAUAACAUCGAUGACUGCCAGAAUCAUAUGUGCCAGAAUGGCGGCACCUGCAUCGACGGCAUCAAUGAUUAUGUUUGCAAGUGCCCCGACGAUUUUACGGGCAAAUACUGUGAGGGUCACAACAUGAUCUCCAUGAUGUAUCCGCAGACUUCGCCCUGCCAGAAUCACGAGUGCAAGCACGGCGUCUGCUUCCAGCCAAAUGCCGCUGGCUCCGACUAUCUGUGCAAGUGCCAUCCCGGCUAUACGGGCAAAUGGUGCGAGUAUUUGACCAGCAUCAGUUUUGUCCACAACAAUUCGUUUGUCGAACUGGAGCCGUUGCGCACGAGGCCUGAGGCGAAUGUCACCAUUGUGUUCAGCAGCGCCGAGCAGAAUGGCAUACUCAUGUACGAUGGACAGGACGCCCAUCUGGCCGUCGAGCUGUUCAAUGGACGCAUACGCGUUAGCUAUGAUGUCGGCAACUAUCCGGUGUCCACGAUGUACAGCUUUGAGAUGGUUGCCGAUGGCAAAUAUCAUGCGGUUGAGCUGUUGGCCAUCAAGAAGAAUUUUACGCUGCGCGUUGAUCGCGGCCUGGCACGCUCCAUCAUCAAUGAGGGCUCCAAUGAUUAUUUGAAGCUGACCACGCCCAUGUUUUUGGGCGGUCUGCCCGUGGAGCCGGCCCAGCAGGCUUAUAAGAACUGGCAGAUACGCAACUUGACCAGCUUUAAGGGCUGCAUGAAGGAGGUAUGGAUCAAUCACAAGCUAGUCGACUUUGGCAAUGCCCAGCGCCAGCAGAAAAUCACGCCAGGCUGUGCCCUGCUCGAGGGUGAGCCCAAUGAGGGUGACGAGGAUGAUGAGCAGGACUUCAUGGACGAGACGCCGCACAUCAAGGAGGAGCCCGUGGAUCCCUGCGCGGAGCACAAGUGCCGGCGCGGCAGUCGCUGCGUGCCCAAUGCCAAUUCCAGGGAUGGCUAUCAGUGCAAAUGCAAGCACGGCCAGCGUGGACGCUACUGCGAUCAAGGUGAGGGCAUCACAGAGCCCCCAACAAUCACGGCCGCAGCAACGUGUCGCAAGGAGCAGGUGCGUGAGUAUUACACGGAGAACGACUGCCGCUCCAGGCAGCCGCUGAAGUACGCCAAAUGCGUCGGCGGCUGCGGCAAUCAAUGCUGUGCGGCCAAAAUCGUGCGGAGGCGCAAGGUGCGCAUGGUGUGCAGCAAUAAUCGCAAAUAUAUAAAGAAUUUGGAUAUUGUGCGCAAAUGUGGAUGCACCAAGAAAUGCUACUGACUGAAAGAUGCGACUACCCGAUUGCUUACAGAAAGCAAUGGCAGCUUAGAUGUUAGUUUAGGAACACAAUUAAACUUAACUAGCAGUAGCAGUAGCAGUAGUAUUAACUUUAGUCAUAAGCCGCAUAGCAGUAGAUUAAAUAGCACGGGGCAGCAGCUGCUGGGCGUGGCUGCUGUCGACAAGGGGCAGCAGGCAGAGGUUGCGUUGGGCGAGAAGGAUGAUGAGGAUGAUGACUAUGCCAUGGAGGACAUAGAAUCCGAUACCGAACGCAUGCAAGCGGAUCUCUAUGACGAUGACGAUGAUGAAGAUGAUGAUGAUGACGAUGGUUUGGACGAGGAGACGAGCUUAUUUGCAGAUGAUGACGAGGACGAUGACGAGGAACCCGAACAGCUGCCCGAUCCCAAGAGUCUGAUCUCUGCAGCGGCACAACAACAACAGCAACAACAGCCGCCGAAUGAAGAGGAGGAGGACAUGGGCUAUGAUGAGGACGAUGAGCGUUUGGCACUGGAACGGCCGCGUACAACGCGUCCGCGCGCCGAUGAGGAGCAUUUUGUGAAUGAGGAGGGCAGCGGCGCCGGCGCCGGCUCCGGCACUGGCGGCUACAAGGCGCGCUUCCGGCCCAACAACAGCUACAGGCAAUUGCAUCUGGAACACAUACGCAAAAAGCUGCUCACGGAGAGCCAGCAGCAGCAGCAGCAGCAGCAAGAGAAUGAGCCCUCGGUUGUCGCCGCCGUGGCCGUGCCGAGCACUGCGAUUGAUCUGCGCGAGAGCAGCGGCCAUUUUGCUAACGAUGAUGAGGAUGGCGAGGAUAACGAUGACGGUGUCGAUGAUGAAUACGGUGACAAUGCCGAUGGCGCUGGCUUCUUUGGUUCGCAGCGCUCGAAAAGCGCUUCCGGUGUGAAUCACUAUUUCCGAAAGAAUAGCAAUGAUGCCAUCAAGAUUAUAUCCACGCCGCUGGGCAAAGUGGGCAUCGUCUAUCAGCAGACGCCCACCGAUGCCGAUGGCAAUGAUCCGCAGCACCAGCUGCAUCAGAAGCAGCAGCUGGAACAGCAGGCACAGCAACAGAAGCCAGCGACACAGUUCACAGACUUCGAUGCCUUGUCACCGGAUCCGGAGAGCAGUCAUCGUUUUCCAUCGCCACAUCCAAAAAUAACGCCCGUACUAACACCCGAUGGCAAGGUGGCGCUGCUUUAUCGCGGUGAUUCGGAGAGCUCCAAGUACGAGCCCAUACGCAAUCUGACGCACAAGUUCACCGGCUCCAAAUCGCCAGAGCUGGCCAAGACGAACAACGAGGACAGCUCGGACGAUUCUUCCGACGAUUCCGUUUACACGGACAGCGAGGACGAGAGCGCAGGCGAUAAGCCCGCCCCGGCUUCGGGCGCUGCCGCUGUGACGCCCAAGCCGCUGCAGCCGGAGAUACUGGAGCCGCCCGCUCAUGCACCAAACGGUGGCAGCUUUAUAAUACGACCCACCUCUGAUUCUCUGCUGCCCAUGAUCAAUCGGCCAUUGUCCGAGGUGCUGGGCAUCAAGAAGAAUCAGUUCCAGGAGACGCGCGUGCGCGAUCAGCUGGCCACUCUGGGCGCCACAGAGGCAACGCCUCGCUCGCUGCUCGCACAGCCAAACCAACAGACCGAACAGAAGCCGAGCGGCAGCCUGCACUUCCUCACCAAGGUCAAUCUGGCCGAGUAUCCCACAACCAAGCAGCACCAGCAGCAGCAGCAGUCGCCGCAGCUGCCCAAUGGACGCGAUUUUGACUUUAGUCGCGACAACACAAUGCUGGAUGAGAGAUCGCGUGUGCGUGAGCUGGAGCAGCAGCGGGAGCGGGAGCGCGAGCACAAUGAGGCCACCAGCAAGGGCGGCACUGAGGCGCACACGAUUGCCAACGAGCAGCUGCUGUCCAAAACGGAGGUCAUCAAUUUGGCAAUAAUACCGCAGUUUGAUGAGGACAUGGAGAGCUUGCAGCGCCUGCACGAAAGCAGCGGCUUGGGCAGCGGUCGUCGGCAUCAUCGCAUGCGGCAUCGCCACAAGCAAACCGAGGAGGAGCUGUCCGGCAUACAUUGCGUCAUGCAGGUCAUGAUGGCCAUUGCGGCCGUAUCCACUGUCUUUGGCAUGCUGGGCACCUUCUUCAAGCAGCGCAUUUUGGAUCAGCUGCGCACGAUGCACUGGUAGUACAACAAUGGGUAUUCGAGCCAUUUCGAAUACCUUCCCGAACCCAAACCCAAACCCAAUCCAAAUCUCCCAGUCACACGGUUGACUCGUCUGCAACAUCAUCAUCAUCAUCACCAUUAUGCCGUCACAGUCAUUAUGGAGCUACUACAGACUCUUACUACUACUACUACUAGCACAGGAGGCAACAAUUUUCCCCCUUUACUACUACUACUACUGCUCACUAUAUGGCCUCCACACAUACAUACAUAUAUAUAUAUAUA